UUAUAGAUAUCUGCGAUUCAUGUUUAUUGUCUAUGGUAAUUUAUCUUAUAGUUCAAUGAUGGAUACACCACGUGGUUUUAAUUAAAACACGGUUGUAUCUACAUAUAAUUGUCUACCAGUAUUAUUUAUGGGUCCUUACAGUUGUCUUUUUCAUCUUUUAGUCACGUCAAAAACCAGGGAUCAAUUCGCCUUUUGACGUUUACAAAUUACAAUAGUCAAUAACACUGAGUGAGUAUCGACAGUGUACUAAUGUUGCAUUAUAUUAUUUUUUGAUGUAAUGUUCUUAAAGAGUAUAAAUCUUAUUUCUCUAUGGCUUUUCGAUUCUAUCGUAUUUUUAAAAAAAUUAAUAUAAUAUUGUAAUAGGUAUGUAUGUAUGAAUCAUACAUCAUACGUAAAAACAAUGUUGGAAAAGGUUUAAGUUUUUGUUUUAGUUUAUUGAUAAAAAUCUUUGGUGUUUAACGCAGUGCUUCAAGGGCUUUUUCUACAUUUUUUCUGAUGUUCAAUUAUUAAGAAAACAACAGAGAAAAUCAAAAAAAAAUUACUUCAAAACUAGAUCCAAAAUUCAAUAAAAAAUUCCACAUUAGGGAAGUUAAUUAAUUUAAAAAAUUAUUAAAUUAGUUACAAAAAAAAAUAAAUGCUGUCAUUUUUUUAUUUAUUUUUAUUAUUUUAAAAAAUAAUAUUUACAACUAUACUAAUAUGCACUACAAGUAAAACAAAGAAAAUUUAAAUACAUGAAAAAGAUAGGAGGGCAUACAGUGGAGCUACCUAAUUUGAAUAUUUGUAAAUUUUAUUUGAUUAAAUUGGUUUUUUUAUUUUUUCUUAUUUUAUGUAUAAUAUUUUUAAAGGUGGUCUCUAUACCAUUUCCUCUUUAACUUGGAAGGUUAUUAGGAAUAGUACCUAUUUAUAAUUAUUAUAAUAAUACAAUUUACAAAUUUAGUUAUAAUAUACACUAUGUAAUAAUAUACCUACAGUGGUAUAGUCAACUUAAAAUUAGACACAACUCAUAAUUAAUUAAAACACUUCUUUAAUAAUUUUUUUUUAUUUAAUCUAAUAUACACAUUGUACAAAUGUUAACAAUGAAAUAUAUGAGUGAAAUUAUGAGCCUCCUUUAAGCUUUGCUUCUGACGGAACCACAGAGUUACAAAAGUUUUUAUUUACUAAUUAUUAUUAUUAUUAGUAUUAUUAUUCACAUCUUUUUCUAAUAUUAUGAACAACAGCUGUUAUAAAAUCUAAUAUACCAAUUUUUCCUGCUUGUAUUUGGAUACAUACAUUUUGUAGAUGUUUUUCUAUGGUACCAGUUAGUUCUAGUUUUGUUCUACUAAUCAAAUCUUCUAUAUUGUGUUAACCUAAUUUUGCUUCAUUUACAGAAAUUUUCAUUUUAAUUUUUUUUAUUAGUUUCUUAGUAGCUGGAUGCUUAUGUCCACAGAGUAUUAAAAAUUAAUUUUCCACCCCUCUAUCACAUUAUUUGUUCGGUGGCCCCCUACUAAAGUGGCUGUGUGAAUAUUCCAUGGGGAAGGUAAAAAUAUAGGUAGCACUGAUCACAACCAUAGACAUGUUUAUGAACAUUUAUUCAUGUUAAGAAAUGAUGUUUCAUAAACAUGUCUAUAGUGUGGCCAGUGAUACCUGCUGGAGAUGCAUGCCGCUGAACGAAACUGGUGUGUUUUCUUUUAAAAAUAGAGAAAUAGGGGAUAGGUACUAUUUAUUAUUAGUGUAAUUUUUUGUACAUGAUUUAUGUAUCUACAAACCAAAUUAUAAACCAUGAAAAUUGUUUUGAUAGCAAUUUCUUUUACUGUAUACGUUUAUUUUAAUUAUUUAUUUUCCAUUAUUAUUACCUAUUAUGUAUUUUUUUUUUUUUUCAAAAUAAUAAUAAAUUGUAUAAUAAAAAGUAAUAAACUUUAUUGCAAUUGUUUUAGUACUAACCUAUUUUUAAAAAAAAGUUGAAAGUUAUAUGCACUCUGUUUAGCUUAUGUUGUCUUCAGAAGAAUGUAAACCUGUGGAUUUUUGUCCACUGCAUUUGGUCCAUAGCUUUUUAUCCUAUUUCCAUUUAAAAUAUAUGAAGGUAAAAGGACCAUAUAAUUUUAGAAGUUUAAUAGAUCUCGAGACCACUGUGUUAAUACACAAUGAUCAAUAUUGAAAAGAGCGGCUACUGGGGGGUGGGAGCGGCCACUGUUGUAGGUGAGAAGUUGUAAAGGUAGGAUACAUAACGUUAUUUCAUUUACAUCUGUAAACAACGAUAAACCAUUGCUUGAUGAAAGACGAUUCCGAGUGUAAUUCGGUAAUACAUAAUUUGAAGUAUCAUAAUUUUGUUUAAAUUUGAUUUUAAAACGCUUUUUAAAAAAAAAAAAGUCGACCGAUGAUUUUGAAAAUUUUGUCACAUCUAGGUAAAAUAUUAUUACCAAGUUUCAAGUCUCUACGUGUAUUGAUAACUGAAUUACAACAAAAAAAAACUCGCAAAAAUUAAAAUACCUUAAAAUCUCAAAAGUUUUGGCGAUGACACCGUAAGAAAGUAAAUCCAAAAGGUAUUUUGUGAUUUUUCGAUUAAAUCAUUUUUUCUGGUAGAAAACGUUGUCACUCGUGCGUGUUUUUAUAAAAUAAUGAAAUCGUGAAAUUGUUCGUUUACCUACGUUUUUUUCCCACUUAAAAGGUUUUAUUUAAAAAAUGGCGUCGAAAAUCAAAAAAUGACCUCUUUAAAGUUCUAUCUAGACAACUUGACCUUUCAGAAAAGUUGUUACACUUAUACAUCGGAGCCCCGAAUCUAAAAAAAAAAUUUUCAAAUUGUGGAUUGUACAACUCUGGGAAUAUUAACUUGUAUUGGUACUUGUUUUUUACGCCCUGCCAGUACGCCAUUAUAAAUUUAUCGCCCCUCCAAACAAUAUAAAAAACUGUUAACCACACGUAUAAUUUUUUUGAUCCGGACUCGGGCACAUACUAUAGUGGUCCUUAUUUUUGAUGACCGAUCUCUUCUAUUUUGUUCCUUAUUAUGUAAAAGUAAUUUGUGUGAAAUUUGAUCAUGAUAACUCACUCACUUCCCGUGCCCCAAUAGAAUUGCAAAUGAGGAAAUAUGGUAGUUUUGUGGUUUUGGUAAAUAAAUAACUAUCACUGAUCAUAAAUUGAUAUGAGACUCUUUGGUCUUCCUAAUGUCUAAAUAAUUUAUUAUUAUAUAAUUUACUGUAAAAUUUGUUUUUCCCGAGAACCCGAGAAAAAUUAUAAAAUACAAAAUAUUUCACUUAUUUAGCAAAACUGAUUUUUUUAAGGUUGUUUAAUUGUAUUUGUUAAAUGGCUGAAAAUAUGAAACAAUGUUUAAUAUAAAAAUGAUAUAGAAUUUAAUUUUCUAAAAAAAAGUUAUUAAUAAAAAUUUAAUUAGAACUACUGAUUUAAUGUUACACUAGGAUUUAUGUCGAUAUAAGUGGAUAAUGGUUAUAUUAUCACUUUUAUAUUAUCUCAUUGGAAAAAAAAUGAAUUUAAUGUUUUUUUUUUAUUUAAACUUGAAGUUGUUUACAAUAAAAAUGGAUCCUUUAAUAAUUGUUUCGAGCAUCAUGGAUAGUUUUUUUUUUAUUUUUACCUAACCUAACGCAAAUAAAAAUAAUUGGAAUACAUCGAAAAACAUUAAAUAUUUUUAUUUAGGAACUGUAAAAAAGUUUUUUUAAAUAACUGAUAAUAUAAAUUGCUUUUGGUUUUUUUUUUUUUUUUUGUGUUUGGUAAGAAUAAAUCUCUUAUUCUUCCAUUCAGUUGGAACUAUUUCCAUACAUUUUGUAUUUAACUCGAACCUUUUUAAUAAGUUUGGAGAUCGUUAAUUAGAAUACAUCGAAAAACAUUUUUAUUUAGAAAUGUCAUCUGCCGUGUAUUUAAUACAUUUGAAAAAUGGUCUCUACUUGACAAAGUUUAAGAAUUUGACAGCCUGAUACACACCAUCCGGUGAGAUGGAUAGCUGAAGGGAUUCAUUGUUUGAUUCCCGUUCGAAAAAAAAAAAUGGGAAAAUGUACAGAAAACCUGAAAAUCGGUUCAUUAAACAAAUAUUAUUAAAAGUAAUAAAUAAUGCCAUUUAAUCAUUUUACGAAAAUAUGACAUUGUUGCUAACAGUUAUGUAUUAAAUUACUUAUAACAGUGGUUUGCACUUGUCCUUAUUAUCUUAGGACUUUUUUUUUACAUUUUUCCUAUAAUAAUAUACAAUUUAAUUAUAUAUACUUUUUAUUUUUCAUAUUGUUUAGUGAGGCUAUACAUUUAUUAUGGCAUAUUGACAGGGCAAUAACAAACAAGUAUUCUUGCCUUUUAAUUUAAGCUUGGUGUCAUUAAAUAAAUAUAAUUAAUAUACUUUUAUUUCCUAAUAUAUCUAAUCAAUGCUAAAACCUACAUUGGUACCUAUAUAAUAAUAUUUAUUUAUUUUUAUUUGUAAUAGUAGGUAUGUCCUAAUUGAGUUAAUAUUAAUAAAUCAAAUUAAUUUUCUCUGUGAUAGGUACUGGUGUAUCUUUAUUAUACAUUAUAACUUAGGUAUAUUGUAUACUUAAUUUUUUUAUAAUUCAAGAGUCAUGGAUGAUAAUGACUUAUCAGAAUUGCCAUCUUCAUCUUUAAAAAAAUCUGAAAACGAUGAAAAAUUAAGGUAAUAUUUUCAAUAAUGUUUUCAUAAAAUACAUAUUAUGAUUUUUUAUUUUUUAGUUCAAAAUGUAUGGAUUCUGAUUCUCCAAAAUUGUAUCCAAUGUCUGAACUUAAAGAAUCAAGGUAAUGUUUUCUACUUUUAAAAGUAGAACAUAUAAAUGUUUUAUAAUUAUUUGUAACCACAUGGUGAUAUGAAGUGUAAAUAAGCAUGAAGUAUGUAGUUAAUUUUUAUAAAACUUGUUUAUUCAUUGUUUUCUUUACAAAACUGAAUAUUAUAGUUCUUCUUCUUCACUUCCAUUCCAACUAUUUGGGCUCUACUACCAUUCUAAACUUCCAUUUGAUCUGAUUUUUCAUCUCGCAUACUUUAGCUGUCUUCAUAUUAUUCUCAAUUACAUCCAUCCACCUUUCUCCUUCUACAUUUAUUUUCAUUACAAUUCAUGCUGCUUCAAAUUCCUUUCCCCAUGUAACAUGCCAAAACUAUCUUAGUUUAUUUUCUCUCAUUUUGUUUACUAUUGGAACCACUCCUAAAUUACCUCUUAUGUACUCAUCCCUUAUCUUAAAUAUUACCCUUAUUCUAAGUUUUAUUUUUAAGUAUAAUGACCAAAAUUUUUAACCAUAGAACAUAAUCUCACCACGCUUUUAUAGAACUUAACUUUGUCUCAUUUAAAUUCUCUCCUCUAACUUCUAUCCUCUAUUUCUGAAGCUUAUUAUUAACUUAUUCCAGAUUUUCUCCUACCAAAGCUUUAUCAUUUGCAAACAUCAUGCAUCAUGGUAUCUCCUCUCUGUUGACUCAGUGCACAUCUGAAAUGAGAUAAUCUGCCAUACUCUUAUAUAGAACUCAUACUGUUUAAGAAAUGAAUAAUAUAAUUGAUAUUUAAUUAAUUACGUUAACUUUAUAUUUACUGAACAAUUGAACAAUAAUUAUUAAAAUUAAAGUCUUGAUAUUUCAUAUUUAUAGCACAUUAGGUUAUAUUAGGUAGACAUGGUUGUAGAUAGAUCUAUAACAGUGCAUAACCUGACCUGUUUCAUAUUCAUUCAUGAAUAGCACAACACACUUUUUUUUUUAGCUCAAAAUCUGAGAAUUUUAUUUCCAUAGAAUUGUCUUCCUCAUCAACAAGAUCUGAAAACAAUGACCAAUUAAGGUACCUAUAAUUUUUCAUAACUACAAAAGUAUUUACUUAUUUUUGUUUUUUAUUUUUCAGCUCAAAAUCUAAAGACUUUGAUUCCCCAGAAUUGCCAACAUCAUUUGCUAAAAUAUCUGAACAUUAUGAAAAUUCAAGGUAAUAUUUUAUAUUUUUAAAAAUAACAAAUAUUAAUUUCCUAUAUUUUUUGAUAAAAUUGGUUAAAAAAAUUUUUGCAAAAUCAAGUCUGCUAGAUAACAGGAAAAAAACAAAUGCAUUUUAGGUGUACUUAGACACCCAAAUCACAGUAAUAUAACAUAUAUAUUUUUGAAAAAGCAAUACUAUUACUUGAGUUCUGAGCUCAGAAUCUUUUUUUGUUAGCAAUGAUUAAUCUUUGCUUAAAUAUACAUUAAAUUACUCUAUAUCCUACCUUCCCAACUUCUCAUCUACAACAAUGGUCCACCCAUUAUGCAAAUUAUGUCUUAUUUUUAUACUGAACUAAUUUGUAUUUUCAAAAAUUAUAAAUAAUGAACAUAAAUAAAUACAUUGAUACAUUACAUACAUAUAUAUUGAAUACAAAUUUUAACUAUAAACUGAUUACGUAAAAACUCAAGUAGAAAAAGCUUGACUUGUCAAAUAUUCCUACAGUACCUAUUAUUUAUCUUAUAUAUUUUAUAAUGGUUAUAGAAAUGAAGAUACUUACAAAUCCUCAGAGGUAUCACAAGAAAGUGUAACAAAUUAUGAUCAAAGGGCUCUUUCUUUGAUUUCUUCAAAUUACCAAGAUACCAGGUAAUGCAGUAUAUUUAUUAUUUAUUAGUGAUGGCCAACAAUAUAAUUCCAAAUAACGACAAUAUCACUCAAAUUUUAAUGAUAUUGUAUUGUGACAUAAUUAAAUUUACGAUAUCAAUAUUGUAUCAAAUUUAUUAAACAUAAUAUUUUUUUUUUUCAUAUUGGGAUUUUGUAGCCCAAUAAAUUCUUAAAAAAAGCAUUUAUUAAAUUUAAUUCUUAAAAAACAAAUUUAAAUUAAAUAUUAAAAAAGGAAUUUACGACCAUAUAUUUAGUCAAGUUAUUUUUGUAAAAACUCAUCCUAUUGGGUGCUAAUAUAUUUGUGUUCAUAGAAAAUUACCUUUCCAGAUCCACUGAGGUAAUUGGUGCGAAUUCAUAAAAUAAUCAUACUUUUCCACAUUAUUAUUUAGCGCCACUAUGAAUGAUAAUGGUUUUUUGAAGUUCUACCCAUCCAUUAUUCUUUAAGAAAACAUGAUUGCAGUUUUAUAAAAUCAAUUUUGCUACUAACCAUUAUUAUCCUUCAACUUGUAUUUUGUUUCUAACACAGUUAUCUCACUGUUUUUUUCACUGGUUUUAUAAUUUCUGGCAAUAAUAAUAUAGUUUAAAUAUAAUAUACAUAGAAAUAUGUUAAAUUUUAAUGAAAAUUAUGUGAAAAUUAAGAAAAAAGAAACAAAUGGGGAAAAAAACAAAAUAUAGUUUACUUCAUUGAAAUUAGAAUGAUUCAAAACGUACUUACACAAAUUAUCUUUCUAUCACACAUGCGGCAAAAGAAGCAUUUGCUACAUAAUCCGAGCCUUACUGAUUAUUGAAUAUCCAAUAGACAUAAAAAAAAAAAACGGUGAAAACUAUAAAUUAUUGUUUUUUGUUUAAAAAAAUAGUAAUAACUAAGUAUAAACAACCUUAUUUGAGAUUAAGAAUUUUUUAUUAAAAGUAUCUAUUAUUAAAUUAUAUUUAUUAUUUAAAAAAAAUAUGUAUGCGUAUUAUUUUAUGUUGUAGAGAGAUAUGUUGCUUUUCAAAUAUAUUCAAAACUGAUAACUGAAUCCUAGAAAAUUAAUUCAUUAUGGUUUAUAAAUUUAAUAUGUACAAAAAUUAAUUUACUUAUAAGCCUACUGUAGUAUGGUUUAAGUUUCCAUUUAAGUUAUAAUAAGAGUUCAAAAAUAAAAGUUAGUUAAGUUGAACUGGUCUGUUUCUUCUUUUUGGUGCAAUUUUCUGGCUAGCCAGGCAUAUAUAUAUAUAUUAUACAUCAUAAUGAACUAUAACACAAGAAUAUGGGAGUUUUCCCAGUUUAAAACAUUUGAAUGCAUUUGUGAAAAUGCAUAUGAUAUAUAAAUUUGAUAUCACAAUAUAUUGAAUUAUUCCAAAACAAUAUCGUUUUCAAAAAUUUACACCAAUAUUGAUAUUGUAUUGAAUUAUUAAUAUUGCUUGUUGGCCAUCACUAUUAUUUGUACUCAUUUAAUGCUUGAUUGAAUGUUUUUUUCUUGUUUUCCUAUAACAUUUAAAAACAAAAUUGUAUUUUUCAUUUGUAUUAAUCCUGUAACAUAAUAGUUUACAUUUAUAAUUUUGGAUAUUUACUAUACCAAUUUCUAAAUUUAAAAAAUCUGCCUUAGUAUAUGAUUCAUUAAAGAAGAAUGAAUAUUUUGUUUUUAUCGAAAAAAAUUCAUAUUAAUUUAUUAAAUAAUAUUUUUAACAUUAUUUUAUUUUUAAAGCUCUGAAGAAGAUGAAGAUAGUGAAGAUUGUGAAAACGAUGAUGAUGAUAAACAAAGUAUUGUGUCUGAAUCAUCCACAAGGUACACUAAAGAAGAUUUUGAUGUUCGAACAAAAGGAGAAUUAUCUUUAAGUGAUUUGCCACCUAUUGAAGAUUUAAAAAUAUCAGUUGACGAAGAAAAAUGUGAACCAGUAGGGUGUAUAAAAAGUAUUGUUGAUACUUUAGGUAAAUACAUACCAUUAUUCUAAAACAUUGUUUCCCAAUCUUUUAAUAGAUUUAACAUGGUCCAUCCACUUUUAGCUAAUGCUUUUUUUUUUUUUUUUUGGUAAUUGGGAAAAAAUAAACUUAAAUAACACUUAAUAAAUGAUAAACCACCAUUGUUAACUGUGAAAAAGUAAUAUAAUGGGAAAAAUAAAUUACACAAACUCUUCGCGAUCUAUUCAGGGUCUAUGGUAAAAUCUAUGGUUAAAUAAUAAAAAAAUAUUGUUUCAAAUUAAAAUCAAUGCAAGUUUAUUGGAAUAAAAUGUAAUAAUCACAUUAUGGCUUAUUUCAUCACUUAAUUUUUUUGCUUUUAAAGUUAGGGUAUUGUUUUUGAUCAAAAUAUAAAUUUAUUAAAUAUUAUGUAUUAAAAAAAAUAUUUUUUUUUGUUUUAGUUAUUGUUGAAGCAUUCCUAAAUCAUGAUGCAUUGGAUAUUGACUCCGUUUUAUUUGUAGAUCGUGGACAACGAGCACUAGGAAAAAUAUUUGAUGUGUUUGGUCCAGUUAAUAAGCCAUACUAUGCAGUUCGCUUCAAUGAUGCUAAUCAUAUUAAAAGAUUUUCUGUUCAAAUAAAGGAACCAGUUUACUGUGCUCCUCAAACAGAGUAUGCAAACUAUAUUGUAAUAUCACAACUUUUAGAACAAAAAGGAAGUGACGCUUCUUGGAAAGAUAAUAAUGAACCACCUCCAGAGCUUUUAGACUAUUCCGACGAUGAGGCUGAAAGGUUAGCAAAGAAAAAACGAAAAAAACGGUUCAAAGCUGAUGAAAAUAAUACGGAUAGAGAAAAAACACCAGAGCCACCCAGUCAAAAUACUUUCCAAAAUAAUAUUAAUAAUAACAGUACUCUAUAUUCAUCAAAUACACCUCCUAAUAGACGAUUAAAACCAACAAACAAUCCACAAUAUCAAAACUUCAAUAACGAAAGGACAUUCCCAACCUAUGCUCAACUUUUAGGCUCUGUUGAUCAUACUCGACCCAGAUCAGCCAACUAUAGUCACCAUCAUCAUCCCAACUCAGUUAACUACAAUCGUCCUCUUCAUCCCAACUCGUUCAGCUAUAGCCAUCCAUCUCAAUCCAAUUCAUUUGAUUACCAUCGUCCUCCUCAGCCAAAUUCAUUUAACUACAGUCGUCCCCCUCAGCCAAAUUCAUUUAACUACAGUCGUCCCCCUCAGCCAAAUUCAUUUAAUUACAGUCGCCCCUCUCAGCCCAACUCGUGCAAUUACAGUCAUCGCCCUCAGCACAAACCAUUUGACUACAGUCGACCUCUACCACCCAAUUUGUGUGACUAUGGUUACCACCCUCGGCCAAAUUCAUUUGACUAUAGUUGUCCCCCACAGCCCAAUUAUAGUUCAUAUAAUAAUGAUCAAAAUAAUUAUAUUACUAAUGCACCCGAUAAUUCAUAUAAUUCUAACUCUUAUACACCUAGUUAUAGAAUGUCUCAACCACCAAAUGAUAAUAAUCCAGUUAACAGACCACCCUGUCCAUACCCUAAUCCAGCACCAUAUCAUGGUCCUCGUGUGUGAAUUUGUAUAUACUUUUUUUUUUAA